AUCGGUUUAUACAAGAAACUCAGCUUACGUCAACUUCACCAAAGGGUGUAUUUGAAUGGAUUCCAUACAGUGAAUUAUCAUCCCUUAAAUUAAUAAAUGAUGGAAUAGCAAAGUAUUAUAGUGCUUAUUGGUCUUCCGGUCCAAGAAUUUUAUGGGACGAAACAACGCAAGAGUAUUUCAGAUCAAAAACAAAUACACUCAUAUCAGUCAGUGAAUAUGCUGAACAAGGGACACUUCUUGAAUAUUUACGAUUAAACUGCAACUUAGAUCUUGCACCUAAAGGUGCACCAAAAUCUUAUGUUGUAUUAAUGAAUCAGUGUCUGAACAAUGAUCCAAAAUUACGUCCAUCAAUAAUGCAAAUUGUUAAUACGUUUGGUGAAUGGUAUCUUGAAGUGGAACGAAAUAUUGAUACACCGAUUGUUACAGAAUUUCGAAUAGCAGAUGAGUUUCGUCAAGCAUCCAGCACGAAAUUAAAUAAAUAUUUGAAAACUGAUUCGGAUGUAAUAGCUCUGGUAAACGAAGAUAUUUCUUCAGGGUCUCUUUUAUCGACCAUCCAUGAACUCGGUGUUGACAUCAUUGAUUUUAAUCAAUUCACUGAUCAAAAAUCUAUCGGAGUAGGUGGUUUUGGUUCGGUUGAAAAAGCUUUAUGGAGACGAACAAACAAGUAUAUUGCUUUGAAGAAAAUUAAAAAUAUUUCAGCGAUUAAUUACAAUGAACAUAAAGCAUUUAUUCACGAAUUGAAGAUACAUUUUCGACUUAACCUAAUAGACCGAAUUGUGAGAAUGUUUGGAGUAACACAAUGUAAAUUUAAAUUAUUAUAA